UGAGCUAACCUGGUAUUAAAGUUUAUAAAAAAAAUCAAAAUGCCUCAGAGUUAACUAAAAUUCAUACGCAACAUUAAGUCCACAAAGGUAAUAUGAAAUCAUAAACGUGCAAAAUAAAUGGUUAUUUAUUUUGCUUUCAACACUUAUUAUUUGUAUAUUUGUACCUAGAUGAUUCACCUUUAUCAUUAAUCAAUGAAAAGCACUAACAAAAUUGUGAUCUGAACUCCAGACAAACAUACCUGCUUAUUUACCACUUCUUUUCUUUUUGGAAAUUAUUUAUUUGAAGCGAUGUCAGAAGCUUGUAAUUCAAAUGCUGAAGAUUCGAGAACUGUAUGCAAAUACGGCGAAAAGUGUUAUCAAAAAAAUCCCGAGCACCACAAAAAAUACAAACAUCCAGGGCAAGCAGGAGCUUUUGAGAAAAAAAAUGAGAAGAAUCCCGGAAAGCUCAGAGAAAAACGUUUUAAUCCAUAUUCGAGCGAUGACAAACCUGCUAAGCAGCAUAAAGUAGGAGAUAAAAAACCUGACAUCGAAUUAGAAAAUGGAUCUGGUACAUCAGAGAGCAGUACAGUAGUAAAUAGUGACACGGUUAAUCCAAUCCACGCACUGAAGCUCCCUAAAAACAUAACUUAUUAUGACAGUUCUGAUCAUUCAGUACUAAAAGAAUUGUUUCUGGUAAAAAUGCCUUCUGAUUUCUACAAAUUUUUCGAUUGCUUAAACACUGAUGAUGCAAUUGUUAAAAUAUGUUCAUCUGUGAAUUUAGAACUGAUUGGGCCCUUUGAGUUGUUGUUAGGAAAAUUACCUCAAUUAGAUGACAAAGAAUUGUAUUUAGUGCACUGGAGAUUUUUCUAUGAUCCCCCUGAAUUUCAGGCUGUUUUGAAAAUAAAAGGUAAAAGUGAAUAUCACAUUGGAUACUUUAGAGAUGACCCAAAUGAUGAGCCAGUCUUCUUAGCGAGCAAUGAUAGUGCGAAAGACUGCCAAAUUAAACCAUUGGCUGAUAAUAUUUUUGGGGCUGUAUAUUUGCACUUGAAAAACGAAAAGAAGUCACCAUUCACGGCAUUGGCGUGUAAAAAGUUAAUGGAAACAAUAAAAAAAUAUGCAGACGAACAUAACUUUUCUCUGAAUCCCUAUGAUAUGAAGAAACGAAAGUCAACAAUCUUGACAAACAGUUUUCAUCGAGCUGGUAUUGUUGUGCCUUAUAAUAAGAAAACUCAACUUGGUUAUAGACCUCUGGUCGAAAAUGAUGUUAAUUUGAAAAAGUUAUUUGAUAAGCUGCAAGAGGCCAAAACUCAAAGUGAAAAGGACAAUUUAUUGUCUGAUUUACAGCCAAUUAUAACAUACGCCAGCAUAGCGAUGGAUGAGUGCGACUUUGGAACUGGUGUGGAAAUGGGAAUCAAUCUUUUUUGUUCUGGUUUAAAGGAGUUAGAAUCUAAUGUUUUGGGUUGCAUUUGUCCAGCAUAUAAUCUUUUGAAUAGAGGAGAAUUCAGUAAAAUUAUACAGGCGCACAUGAAGUAUCGUCGGAAGGGACCAAAUGUUUCAUUGUUAAAUCUUUUCGAACACUAAAUAUUAUACAUUUUUUGAAGUAUUUUUUGAAAUGUUGUACUUAAAUAAAUAUUAAAUAAUGA